CCCUCUCAAUCUCAUCAAAUUCAAAUCAAUCUCUCUCUCUUCAUAUUUCACUUAACUCAUCAAUCUUUGUCACUCCAUUCGACAAUAAUGUCUGGUCGUGGAAAGGGAGGCAAGGGUUUGGGCAAGGGCGGAGCAAAGCGGCACCGCAAGGUCCUCCGAGACAACAUCCAGGGGAUCACGAAGCCGGCGAUUCGGAGGCUGGCCAGGAGAGGAGGUGUUAAGAGAAUCAGUGGGCUGAUCUAUGAGGAGACUCGAGGAGUGUUGAAGAUUUUCUUGGAGAAUGUGAUUCGCGAUGCUGUGACCUACACAGAGCACGCUAGGAGGAAGACUGUGACUGCCAUGGAUGUUGUCUAUGCUCUCAAGAGGCAGGGGAGGACUCUGUACGGUUUUGGAGGUUGAUGCUUGGGUUUGGGAUUCUGUUUUUGUUGGGGGUUUUGGCAUUAAAAUGUCGAUUUAUGCAAUGGAUAAUUGUUUGGUCUGUGGUUAUGUAAUAGAAUGACUCCACAUUUCAAUAUAAUGCAUAUCUGGUUUCGAUACA